CGCCCUCUGUCUUUGCACCGCCAAUCCUCCGUGAGAGAAGGCAGACGGGAUAUAUAGGAGGAAGCCCCGAUUCAACGCCACCUUUUUCUCCUUGCUUCAUCUUCACUCCUCUCCGGAUGGCUGCUGCUACGGUGGCAUUGUCGGCAGUAGCAACCUCCUUUUCUGCAAGCAGAAGAAAGGCUCGUCUCUAUUCGCUCCCCUCAAGGAGGCCUUCUCUCUUCUUCCUCUAUGCCCCAGAGCCAUCCCGCGCUUCAAAAAUCCCACCUUUGGGCACAAAGGGCUGUACCCUACGGUUGUUCGCCAGGGCUGUCUCCCCCGUUAGAAGCUUGUCGUCAUGCCCUUCGACGGAAUGCGCAUGUGAACCGGAAGCGGAAGAAACCAGGCAGUCUGGCCUUGGUAGGCUCCUCCUGUGCGCCUCGGUCUGGAAAGCUUUCGUCUUUGCCUCCUGUGUUGCUUGUGGUGCUUGCCUCGCUGCCGAUGGAUCCAUAAGAGCUUCUAGUUUGGGGUUGAAGGUUGCUACAGCGCUGAGAAGAAUAGGCUGGCCUGAUGAGGCCGUUGUGUUUGCCGUUGCGACCCUUCCUGUGCUGGAGCUCCGUGGCGCUAUUCCGGUCGGCUACUGGAUGCAGCUUGAUCCUCUUAAGCUCACAGUCCUAUCCAUUCUUGGAAACAUGGCUCCGGUGCCGUUCAUCAUCCUCUACCUGAAAAGGUUUGCGUCUUUCGUCUCACAAAGGAGUGCGGUGGCAACCCGGUUUGUGAACCUUUUGUUUGAGAGGGCCAGAGAGAAGGCAGGGCCCGUGGAGGAGUUCCAAUGGCUGGGUUUGAUGCUGUUUGUGGCGGUGCCUUUUCCUGGUACAGGUGCUUGGACUGGAGCCAUCAUCGCGUCCAUCCUUGACAUGCCUUUCUGGUCAGCUUUCUCAGCUAAUUUUGUCGGGGUUGUUCUGGCUGGGCUGCUGGUUCAUUUGCUCGUGAAUCUUGGCCUGAAAUAUGCAGUCUUGACUGGUUUGCUUAUGUUCUUUGCAUCCACUGUCAUAUGGAGUGUCCUGCGGUCAUUUAAGAGAUCAAUCAAUUCAAACUGAUGGAAGGUCAAGUCAAUUCAUAUAAUGUUCUACUACCUGUAGAGGAACUUUGAAGAAAAUACAGGAUGCAGUUGGUUCAAACAUAGAAGAAACUUGAUGCAUAUUGCUUUUUACUUUACAACUCAAAGAGUCAUAACUUCGGAUUAAAAAAAUGUCCAAGUUAAUGAUACAUAGGAAAAAUCUGCUUGGCAUUUUAUUUUGGAGCUGAAAGAUUAAAUAUUGCGAGGUAAUGAAGUUAGUUUCUGGCCACAGGUCCUCUUUAUUUUGUUUGUUUGUUUCCAAAUAUUUUUUCUUUUCUGUCAUUCUUUUCCCUCGUAUUUCUGUGUCUAAUUUUCUCCAGAAUUUGCUACCGACUCAAUCAAACAUGGUUAAUUAACUAACAUCAGUAUGAUUAGCCAUGAUCCUGAGCAGUUCUAAUAGGACUUUAAUCAUCUUCUGCAGAUCAUCCAUUUUGGUCUUGCAUCAAAAGAAAGUCAUGCCAGUGUGACCUUCCCCAGUAGAGUAGCUGCUUUUUUUUUUUUUGCACUUUCACAAGAAAGUGAUGCCAGUGUUAUGCUAAUACUUAUCGGUUUAUCAUAUGUAAUCUGGCACUCAUCAGCUAUGAAUUGCAGCUUUGGUGGUGAUCAAGUGAUGUUCUAUAGGCAAACAAGAUGGCAUUCAGAUGAAGCAGCAGGAAAUAUGGCUCUUGGCUUUUGUUCUUGAAAGCCUGCUAAAUUGGCUGCUGAUCUUGUGACCAUUAUUUGGAAGAACUCCAAUCCAUGCCACCAAUGAAGAGGAAGUCCAAUCUAUGCCUUUUAUGCUUGAUUUGAAUUUGUCAAACUAUGAGCUGGUAGGUCUUCUUGAGCUCCCACAAUCCUUUCAGUGUCUGGUUUUCAAGAAAUAUGUUUUUGGCAAGAAUAUAUUUUGUUUAAUUUGAAGAUUAUCUGGAAGAACUUGCACAGAACAAAUUACCCCCAUUGGGUAUUCUGCAUGAUCAAUGCAAUUAAGUUUAAAUAUUGUGCGAA